AUGGGAUCCUCCAUAACUGUGAACCAGGAUUUUAAUUUUAAGGAUAUAUUUCCCGGAUGUAGAAAUACAUUUAAGAAUUUUUACUGGAUUAGCCAAUACGUGAAACCAGAAAUAAAUCGUUAUUCACCUGUGUGUAGAGAUUUUGGACAUAAUGUGAAUUUGAGCUACAGUCAAAUUGCUUUUAAUGACGGUUGCGUAAUACUAGGUGCUUAUUUAGAAUACAUAAAUGGCAAAAAUAGACAAGAUAAUACAUUUAACAUAACAUCAAAUUGUUAUUAUUUCUUUUACAAACUAAAGGAUUUAGUGAAAUUAUACGAAGCUCAGUGUGAUACUGCGAAAGAUUGUUACGAAAAACUGAAGAAAAGACCAGAGGGCGUGAGGAGAAUAACUCUGCCAAAUGCGUGCGAAUAUAAUGAUGUUGAGAAAUUUGAUAAUUCUAUAUAUCAAGUAAUGAAAUAUCUUGAUAAACUGUACGAAAACUUUGAAUCAUUAAGAAUAUUUAAUAAUCAAAGAAAUAUUAACAAAGCCCGAACAAUAGCCACAGAGUGUGAAAAAAAUUAUAAAAAUCUUUUCGAAAUAUCUAAAAGGAGCAGUAAUGUUAGUUUAAAUAAUUUAUUGAAAGAAUAUAAAAACUCAUACGAUCAAAUUAUAAAUGAAAUUAAGGACCACGAAGAAAGACAAAAAAUGGCACAAGUCGCAUCUACUGGAAAUGAGGCAGGUGUAGUUUUAUUAACAUUUUCAAUAUUAAUUAUAAUGUUCAUUCUAUUCAAAGUAAAAAGGAAAUUUAAUUUUGUGAAUUAUACGCGUUAUGGUAUUUGUUUACAAAGAAAACCAAGAAAAUUAAGAAGAAUGAUGAGCAAAAAAUAUAAUGAACAUCUAAAUUUAAUGGAUUCAAUUGAAAAAACAAGAAAUGAUAGUAUAUAUAAAAAGUACAAAAUAUCAUAUGGCAUAGAUGAUUACGCAUAA